AUGGCUAGUUUUGCAUCUAGGACAGGGUAGAAAGUAAGAAUACUUCAAUUUUUAGAUUAAAGAAUGGUGGGGAGCUAAAGUUACGGUUGAUCCCCAGUUGGAAUCAAAGAAGCAAAGGAUUAAUGAGAUAGAUUAAUAUAUUAAGGGAUUAUCUCAAUCUUUUAGCAAUAUUUCAGCAUUAUUUUAAUGUAUCCUAAGAAAAUUGAUUUAGAAAUGCAUGGACAUAUGGCAAGAAUCAGCUCAAUUACUUAAAAGCUAUUUGAGAAGGAAACAGACACAAAUAAGAGAAUAGGAAUUGAAGUGACUUCUAUGUUUGGAAACCUUUCAGAACUUUUCCGCUCCAAAGUAUCUUCUAUUUUUACAAUUAGACUGAACCAGCAUCUGAAUUGAAUAAAAAUUAUGGCGAAUGGUUUUAAACAAUAGAAACUCUAAAAAUCUAACUCACAAAUUUCUCUGAAAUACGAUUAGUUUAUGAUCAUUAUAAGUUAAAAGUGGAUGAAUUAGAAAAGGAUAGAUCUAAUAUUCUUUCAAAAGGAUAACCCGAAGAUUUUAAAUUGUCAGAGAAAAUCAGGAGAGUAAAUAAUUUAAAAAUAUUUAGAAUCAAAGCAAAUUGUCAAGCUCUGAAUCAAAUUAUAAAUAGAAAAUAUCUGAAAUUUUAAAUAACAUGAAUAAAUUAUUGGGAAAUUACUAUCGAAUGAUUAAUUAGAGUCUCGAUUCUGUAAGAAAAUUCAUUUAUGUUAGUUUAUUGUAAUUAAUUAUGAUUUAUAUAUGAAUGCUAAAUCAAUUGUGAAGAAAAAUUAAAAAGCCUUUAAUAAAUUUAAAUAUCCAGAAUUAGAGCCUAUAAUAGAUCUAUUAAGAGAGUAGAAAGAGAUUUCAUCUCUAGUGGAAAGAGAAUAAUAAAAAGAAAAGGAAGCGCAAAAAGAAAAAGAAUAGAAGGAAUAGAAGGAAUAGAAGGAAAAAGAAAAAAAUGUUAAUGAGAAAGAUGAGAAGCAGUAAUAAUAAGGAGGACCUCCGUAACAAACUCCUUAAUGGGAAGGCAAUAAUAGAUUUAAUCCUUUUGGAUAAUCGUAAUAAAUGAAUUCACAAGCACAUUCCAUGAUCACCAAUCCUUAACUAGUAAAUUCAAUGAUUAAUCCAAUGGUAAAUUAAUAAACUGAUUUUGGAUCUGGAUUUGGAGUCAACACAAUACCUAAAUAACAAUUUAUGAAUCCAAUGAUGUCCCAAAGGUAAUCAGUGUAACUAUAGGGAAUGAAUAAUAAUUUUGCUAAUAAUUUCCCACCAAAUUAAAAUAUGUUUGACGAUGUAGGAUUAUAAAUGAUUAGUGAUAUUAGAUCAAAUUAAUAGCAAUAAUGGUAGUAAUAAUAAUAAUAAUAAUAAUAAUAAUAUGCUCAAAGUCAAAUACUAAAUUAAAAUAAUUUCAUUAAUAAUAAUCCAUUUAUGAGUUCAUAGCCAUUGAAUCAAAGAACUAGUUUGUAAUAAAACUAAGGGUUUUAAUAAUUUGACUCAUAAAUUAAUAGAGUUCAAUAACCAAAUCCUUUUGCAGAUUUUGAGAGUGAGACUUAAAGGAGGGCUAUGUAUGAUAAUCCCCAUACUUAUGGUUAGCAAUUCUAAGAUAAUUAAAAGACUAAUCCAUUCGAGUGA